AUGGAUCCUUCUCAAGCUUCGAGUACACAGUUAAGUGCAAAGUCUUUGUUUAAUCCUGAUCACUUAAAGUUCAUAAAUCAACAACUUUCCCAAUUGAGUCCUCAAGAUAUUCUUCGUUGGAGUAGAUGGACAAUUCCUCAACUGUUUCAAACGUCUGCAUUGGGUCUUUCCGGAUUGGUGAUUUUAGACAUGCUGUCAAAAAUGGAAGUGAAAGUUCCAAUGAUUUUCAUUGAUACCCUGCAUCAUUUUCAGGAAACCAUGGAUCUUUUAGAAAGGAUAAAAAAGACGUAUCCAGAGGUUCCCGUUCAUGUAUAUCAUUGUGCCGAAGCAUCUUCCGAAGAAGAAUUCGCAAAAAAAUUUGGCGAGAAACUCUGGGAAACAGACGAAAAUAAAUAUGAUUUUUUGGUUAAGGUUGAGCCUGCUAAUAGAGCUUACUCUGAUCUUGGUGUGCUUGCUGUUUUUACAGGUCGUCGGCGCAGCCAAGGAGGAGAACGUGGAUCUUUGGAUGUUGUACAGGUUGAUGGACCUGUUAUUAAGAUCAAUCCUUUGGCCAAUUGGUCCUUUGAGCAAGUAUACUCUUAUAUCAAGGAAAAUAACGUUCCCUACAAUGAGCUAUUGGAUAGAGGGUAUCGGUCUGUUGGUGACUAUCACUCUACCCAACCUGUGAAAGAGGGUGAAGACGAGCGUGCAGGACGCUGGCGUGGUAAAGAAAAAACUGAAUGUGGAUUGCAUACACAAAGCAAGUUUACUCAAUACUUACAGAAUAAUCCUUGGAAUCAACCAAUGCUGCUAAUUCUAUAA